AUGCCAGUAUCAGCAGCAGCAGCAGGUGCUGCAGCCGCAGCAGGAGAUGCCGCCCUCGCCUGGAGCAGCAGCACCAGCAACAGCAAAAGCAGCAGCAGCAGCAGCAGCAGCAGCAGCAGCUUUUGCUGUCAUGUAUGUUUGUCUCAGAUGAUAUUGUGGAGGCGGAGAGGAGAGAGAGAAGGAUGGAGAGGAGAGACGGACCAAUCCGCAGAGGAGGUUACAUGCGUGGUGAGGGGGGUUACCGCGGAGGCCGUGGUGGAGGUUGGAACGGUCCUUAUCGUUCAUAUGGUCGUGAGGGUACAUGGGGCCCCACACCCGGUCGUACCCGAGGAGGAGGGGGUCCACUGGUCAUGGUCCAAUGGACCACGAGGCGGCAGCAGCACAGCAAUUGUAAGAAUAAGCGGACUCGACUAUUCAGUGUUGGAUUCGGAAUUAAGAGAAUUGAUGGAAAAAAGUUGCGAAGGAAUUCUUAAGGUUUGGAUUGACUACGAUAAGACGGAUAGGAGUAGGGGUACUGGUGGUUGUGUCUUUAGGACAUUAGCCGAUGCCCAAAGAGCAGUAGAGACUUUUGAUGGUCGUCGUAUAGAGGGUAAACCCUUAAGGCUUGAAUUACAGCGACCGAGGGGGCCCCCGGGGGGCCCUCCCAACUCUUGGGGGCAGUCACAGGGACAGGGGCCCUCUUCUUGGGGACAGGGGCCCCCAAGAGGGGGAGACAGGGGGUACAAUAGAUGGUAA